GAGCUUGGUAUGGUAUUUGAAAGUGCUGAACAAUUUAGAAAAGUUGUUGCAGACUAUUCUUGUGAAUAUAAAAUUAGGCUAAAGUUGAAGCCUAAUGACAAAAAAAGGGUUAGAGUUAAGUGUGAGGACAAGAAAUGUAAAUGGUUGUUGUUUGCUAGUAUAGAUAAGGAUUCUGGUGAUUUUAUUGUCAAAAAUUAUUAUCCCGUGCAUGUAUGUCCUCAAUCAACCAAGAACAAGUUGUGUACAUCUAAGUUUGUUGCAGAAAAGUUCAAAGAUGAAAUUACCUGUCAACCAUAUAUAAGAUUGUGAGAAAUUCAGGAAUUGGUGAGAAAAAAAUUUGGGUUAUAUGUUGGAAGAAUUGUUUGUCAUAGGGCAAAAAAGAGGGUUAUCAAGGACUUCUUAGGUGAUUGGAAGAUGGAAUUUUCAAGAUUGUGUGAUUAUGCAGACAUGAUUAAACAUACUAAUCCUGGUACUUCAUGUUGGGUGAGGACAGAUAGAGAGUCUCAGCCAGGAAAAACUUUGUUUGUUUACAUCUAUGUUUGCUUUGAUGCAUUGAAGAGAGGCUGGUUGGAAGGAUGCAGAAAAAUUAUUGGUUUUGAUGGAUGCUUUCUAAAGGGUUCUUGCAAGGGUGAAUUGUUGGUUGCUGUUGGUAGAAAUGGAAAUCAACAGAUGUUUCCAAUUGCAUGGGCUGUUGUUGACACAGAGACAAAACACAGUUGGAGUUUUUUCCUCAAUUACUUGAUAGAAGAUCUGAACUUAGGCACAGGACAUGGACUGACUGUUAUGUCAGAUAUGCAGAAGGGUCUUGUACCAGCUUUAUGUGAGUUGCUACCAGAUAGUGAGAAGACAAGGUGUGCUAGACAUAUCUGA